AAAUACCAGCAACAGUUUAACACUGAUAAUAGGCAGAGUGAUUAUAAAUAGCGAAUACUUAUGACCUAUAUGUGGCUUACAGGUAAAACUAUUAUAAUCUGGCCGUUGAGAAAGAUCGUGACUCAAUCUUUGCGACAGUUUCAGGCACCAGCAAUAUAUCACGCGAUGAUAGAAAAGAUCUUAUCGUCAUAUUUGGGCGUAGCCUGACGUCAAUAUACGAUCACGGUGGUGAGGGAGUUUCGAGACGUAUAAUUAAAUUUCGAUCAUUUCAAUUUCUAUAGGAUACGGCCAAUUACAUCCAAAGAUAAAUAUUUGCAUGGGAGUUAGGUGCACGAAAAAUCACUCGUAUGUUAAUGGCUAUGUACAGCGAAUAGAGAGUUAAGCUGAUUACGCCAACGUAUAGCUAUGGAUGACGCGGUUAUUGAGAGAAUGAAUAGAACAGAUAUAAUCAGCAUGGGGGAGUUUUAGGCUUCAGGUUCUGUUAGCACAGCUUACGGCUGUAGGUUCUGCUUAUAUAGAGGUAAAAUACAUAUUUCACAUCUAUUAACAUACAACACUAUGUUAUUUCAAGCUAUAUAAUUACAAGUAGUUUUCCAAACAAACUUAGGAAGCAUCUCUAAACUGUAUUGGUCCAGUGCGGUCUUCAUAAAGGCAAUCGCCAUUUGAGCGAUGUUAUUUAAUGUUAUGAUGGCAAGGACAACCAAAGAUGCCGGUUUUGUGGUUUAGAUACAGUAAUGGGAAACAUAUUAGUGGUAAAAUAGCUUGAAGGAAUACGUCCUAUUUCACCGCCAUGUUUAAUCUAUCAACUAGUUCAACACAUUCACGAACUAUUUCAAUAUUUGAGCGAUUAGAAAAACAUCGUUCAAAAGGUGACCUUUUGAAAUUGUAUUUAAUUCAUUACGGUGGACAACAAGGAAGCGUGCAUGGAGAUUUCUAUAGAGUUUGUUUCGCCGUUGCAUUCACGUUGGCGUUCUUUCUAAUCUAAGGACGCCUUAGGUCGCCGUUUUCUAAAGUGAAAAGAACGGUGACGCCCCUAGUUUCUAAAGAUUGAAACAUAAUUGCUACUAACAUUAAAAAUGUAGGCGUAUAGACGUAAACAAUAUCUUUCUCCAAAACACGCGUUGCUUACGAAAAAAGGCAUUUCAUGUGAAGUAGGCAGUAAUAAUUCUCAAAAAUAUAUUGUGCAAAUCUAUAUAGAUGACAGUUAUGUAUCUCCGAAAAGUUGUUUUUCAUCAGGCGGCACAUAAAAAUUAGCUCAAUCAAUAUUAGCCUUUAUUAUAUAAACAUAAGUGUUAUAUAGAGUUUAUGGCCACUGAGAAAAAUUGUAUUUAAACACACGUAAAAAUACGAUAUUUUUACGUGUGAAAAUAUCAUUUGUUGUAAAACGCAUUGCCACGGACGUUUUAUUGCUUUUCACUGAAUUUUGUUUAUAUAAUAAACAGAAAAAUACAUGGGUGCUUGGAAAUACCAGAUUUAUUUCUCGUGUUGAACAUGAUAUCUCACUCGUUCGCUGCGCUCAUUCGUGAGAUAUCAUGUUCAACACUCGAAAUAAAUCUGGUAUUUCCGCGCACCCAUGUAUUAUUCUCUAUUUCUCACGCUCAAUUAAUUGAUCGAUCAUUUGAAGGGUAUAAUGCCUCUGCCAAGUCUGAUAUUUCGCACCGCGAAACGCGACUUUUCAUAGUUAUAUCUAGUUGUGUGUAUAAUGGUAAAUUUACAAUGUUUGUGAUGUUACUCUGAGUGUGUAUCCACACCGGACAAGCUUGAAAAAUGUGCCUGGCCACGGUGGGAAUCGAACCUACGACCUUUGGAAUACUAGCUCAGAGUAACAUCACAAACAUCAUAUUCACCUGAGUACACAACACCAACACAGAAAAAAUUUAUGGUAAAUUUACAGUUGCAAAGUCGAGGGGCGACAGUACACCAAAAAUGGCGAAUAUAAGCCUUGGUGAGAAAGGCUCUAAUUGUAUGUACUGCCCAUAUUAAAAACACAGUUGUUGUUACGUGGUUGCAAAGUUGUGUUGCUCCAACAUGUUACAUAGUUGGUGCUAUCAUAAGUAUAGGGUUUCUUACAAGCUAGGGUUUCUUGGCAGAUCCAACGAGCGGCAAACGGCUUGUUUGAAGAUCCCCAUAUUAAUAAUCUUUUCCCAGGAGACAACCUCGUUACCUCACCCUUACAUAAAUAGAUGCUUCAAUCUAUACUUGAGCUGCACGUUGUCAUAGCAAGCUAGCUUUAUGUUGGCGGUAACUAUGUAACUUAAUUUUUAGUACACGGAAUACAAAUCGACAAGACAGUCGCCCACACGCUAUAACAGGAUGUUUGUGAAGCCAAGCCGACUAAACUUAAUGGUUAUGAAUAUGUAAAAGCAUACAUUUUACAGAUAACAGAUCCAUUUCUUCAGACAGUCAUUUAACAAAUUCCACAUUUUUACACAGAAUGACGAAAAAGAUUUUAUACGAUCAUAAUUCAGAUUAAGGCAUAUGAUCAUCUUGAUCAAAUAUAUAUAUAUAUAUACAAUGCAUGCAUGAAAGGAUGCUAUUCUACCGUUUUGCGGGGAUCUGCCAUUUUGCGGGAAUGGAAACAAAUUAUAAUAUAACAUAAAGAGAUCGUUAAUUAUAGGUGACCUCAAGGCGACGUUUCACAUUUCUUUCAAACUGAAGGAUAAUAAAAACAGUCUUGCAUUUCUAUAUAUUCUUUUACGGUCACUGCUUUCACUUCCUAAACAUUCAGUUUAGGCCACGAAUCCCACGUAAUAACUUAAUAACUUUAUAAAACAAGAACCAAAUAAUUAUUUAAAAUUAAACAUUCAAAAAACACCUUUGUAAAAAUGGAAGAAAGAUGGUACGGUUGUUAGACACGAAACAAACCCGACACGAAAUGUUUUCCAAACCGGACGACGUAUAGUUUUAUGUAAAACACAUGCAUUGAAGGCCUGUAUUUUACCUUGGGCUUUUACGUUUUUCAUAUCAUGAAAGAUAUGAUAUGCACAUAUGAGUUUUCGUUGUUAGUCUUCCAUGCAGCAUGUUCAGUCAGUACUGAAUUCUUUUAUUUCAACUGUUUAUCUUUAAAAGACAAUGCCAACAAAAAAAAUAUUGGCUCAUUUGAAAGAACGUUUAAAAUUAUCUGUAAAAGCUUGUUACAGAUUGUCCAUAUCUAAUUCAAAGGUUCCAACCCUCCCGAUUUGAUCGGGAGGCUCCCGAUUUCUUGGCAAAUCUCCCGAUCUCCCGAUUUGUAUUUAAACCUCCCGACUUUACGAAUGAAAAGAAAAAAUGUUACUUUUUCUAAAAGAAUCCUUGUAAAAGCCGUUCGCGUACGGUAAAAACGGUUGUCGGAUCGACAAAAAAGCGGUAUUUCGCCAAGAGGGGUGUUUUGUACGACAAAGUUUCGUAAUAUUUCGCAUGAAAGGCGGAAAUUUACAGUUGUUGUAUUCACGAGUCUCGGAAUCAACAAAUGGCGCUUCUGAAAGAAAGUUUAAAUUUUCUAAAUUUUCUACCCAGUCACACUGUAGAGGUCAACGUUUUCUUGCCUUUACCAGACCUCCCGAUUUUUGGAGAUGUCAAGUUGGAACGUCUGCAGUAGUAAUUGCUUGAUUCUUGAGAUAUUUUGACUGAAAGCAAUGAGCUGUCCGCCAUUUUGGAUUAUCGAGGAUAUGCAUAUUACGUCACAAGUGGCAUGGGUCACGCAAAUUUUUUUUAUCUUGACAGCCGAGAUAUAAACCCGAAACUCGUUUUUGGUUGCUUUUUGUACUUUAACACCUUGUAUAAACACCUUGCGGUGAUUUGUAAUUUUACCACCACAUAUAACUAGUAAUUGUUUUCUAAUUCGCUAACCACUCGUACAGUAGAAAUAUGACCGUAGCACAAACAUGCACAUUAGCAUGGCAAACUCACAUACAUGCAUGAUAAUAACCAAAACUAACAGGAUCGUUAAAACUGUUACAGCGUUGCAAGUAUCCUUAAUGAUUCACUAAUCUCCCUGUGUGAGGUGUACAUCGGCAUGUAUUUGCAUGUACACCUCAGUGCUUCUCUGUUCAAGCUAAGGAUUUUAAUUACUUUUUAACUAUCAAAAGUCAAAAAGUAUUAGUGACGAUCAUGAUGAAAAUCAUGAAAUCAUAAAGAAACUAAACAGAUCAGCUAGGCAACAAUGUUUUGUAUGUAUACUCAGCUUGUCAGGUGUGGAUACACACUCAGAGUAACACCACAAAAACAUCAUAUUAACCUGAGUACAUAACACCAACACACACAAAAUGUAUGUAUCUGCAUGAAAUUUAGUAUCUGAGAAAUUUAGUAUCUGAGAUUUAGUAUCUGAGAAAUUUAGUAUCACAUCAUGUAUAUCUGAGAUUCCAUUUUUCGUCUGGCGUAUCAGUCAAUCGCUAUCUCACAGAAAUUUUUCUGUACGUUAUUGUUUUAAAUAUUAAAUGUUAACAUUAAAUUGGAACAAAACUGGUUUUAAAUUUGCCAAUCAUUUUUGGGGGGUUUAUAAAUAACACAUCCACUGAUGCACGUAUAAAGUACAACAAUACAUGGAACGCGUUGGUAUCUCUGUUAUGUUUCUGACGCACCAAACACGCCCUCGCUUCCAGUGCAUAAAAAUAAUUCGGACACCGCCUCGGCCUAAUUGCUCAUAUAUGUCACGAACAACUACCAUGUCGUAUUGUCUUCAAUGAUUCUUAUUUUGGCAAACGCUCAAUCCUUGCAAUACUACAAGCAUCCGCGACGGGAUGUCGAUGGCUCGCGUCAGAGCAAGCAAGCGCGUCUCGGGAACGUUGACAGGGUGGGUUGGGAUUAUAGCCUCUAUAACUGACCCUUCAACCGUAGCUGUGUUCCGUGACCAGACAUGAAGCAUUAGAUGGCAUGCAGCCAUAGCCCUCAGAAAACAUUUGACUCGAUCAGCUUAAACAGCGUUCUUUGUAAUUCAGCUUAGCUCUCAGCUGCAAGCAAGGAUGAUUAUAGGACACCCUCACUUACUCACUAUCAAUGACAAUGUAUAUAAACGAAUGUAUCAACAAUCAAUGCAUCAAUAAAUCAGUGAACAUGCACCAAUAAUGUGUCGAUUAAUCAAUGUAUUCAUGUUAGAUCUGCAUGUAUCAGUAUAUAUCAACGUGCCUAUUUUAGGCAAAAUUUUGUGUCCGGCUUAAUGGAUGGAAACUUAUACAUUUAAUUUAGCCUAUAUGGCCAUGGGCUACUGCUAUACUGCAUGCAUAAUGGUACUAUGUUUAAUUAACUAACUAAACUAUACUGCAUGCAUCAUGGUACUAUGUUUAACUAACUAAACUAAGGCAUUUUUACUAAGCAUCCGUUCGGUUGGUCUUCUAUUAUCCAUAAAAUUAACAAAAUGUGCAUUUGUUAACAUUGAUUAAUGACAAAAAUUAUUAAAUAUUUCUUAUUCUUUGUAGAUUGCACUGGCUGUGGCAAUAUAUGCUACAAGAGAGAUCCCAGAUGAUUUUGGAGACAACAAAGGUAUUUUAUGCGAUUACAAAGUAGCGGUACUGCUAUUCCAUAUAAGGCGAUUUCUCAAUCCAUUGAAACGAAUGGCGGCUUUUGCGAUACGUUUGUGACUCAUGAAAUAUACAAAGACCAAGAAAUAAGCAAAUUCCAAUGCAAUAAAAAAUUAUCAGUAACCCAACUUCAAAGGGGAGCCACUCGUUGAAUUUGGGCAUGGAGCCACCUUAUAACAUUUUUGACAAUGGAAUGUUACUAUUUGGUAAACUAUCACAGCUAUCAUAUAUGGAUGAAUGAUCUGUGGUUUGACUGCAUGCACGUGAUACAUUUUCGGCUUGCUGCUUUAGCUUAAAAUUGUUCAAUGCCAAUGGACGUUUAUUCGCCUAGAUUUUAGCCAUCACCGGAAAGACAACCGCUUCAGCUUAAUGUCGUGAAUUUUGGCAGAACAUUUUUCUUUAUGCGGCAAUUUUACACCGAUGUCGUUGCGGUUUCCCAAACGGAAUUAAAAACAUGAUAGAUGCAUGCAACGCGCUAGCACAGCAACGUCAAAACAUGACAACAUACAUGCAUGCAUGAACUUGGCAAGGACGUCAAAACGCCAUUGUGAUAGGCACUUGUGGGAGUUCCGACAGAGCAGGAACCGAAAACCGAAGGGGGGCAAAUUUAGCAGACUUCUCGUACGAAGUUUGGGAAAACAAUUGAUCAGAUUUAUUAAUACCAAUCUGACGUCUUCGUAACUACACAGGUGAUGUGGUAACUCAGAAAAGGAACCACGUAUGGAAAUUUUCAAAUUGAAAUCCAAUAUUGGAUUAAAAUUGUUCCUCUUCUUGAAAUAUCAUGAUGUUAAGUUUUUCCAGUUUCCAAUUCAAACUGCAUAUUGAAAUUAGAAUUAAAUAUUAUACUUAUACAGCAUAUAUAAAAACUAUACAAAACAAGGUUGAGAUUAUACUUCAUUGUUAACAGUGAUACAGAAUGAUAAAUAUUAAAUGCAUGCAUGAUGCAUGCACUGUUAAUUUCCGGGAGUCAAAUUGAUUCCAAUUCUGGUGUAAAACGGUAAAGAAUGAUUCCAUUUUUGGAGCCAGAUUUUGUUCCAAUAUCUUUAUUUCCCCCCAAAAAAUUAUUUUAACAUCCUGCAAUUAACAGUGUGGAAGCGAUAGUAUAGAUAACUAUAUACCAUAACUUAUUUCUUACAGAAUGGGAAUUUUGGAGAAAUAUAGACUUUGCUGUGUGUGUGGUGUCUCUUGCCUUUGCAAGUGUCUUGUUAUAUGGAUCAAUCACGGUUAGUUUAAUCACAUUGCCUUUUCAAAAUCCUUUCCAUAAAAUAUUUAGUCUGUCGUUAUGAUGUGAGAGAUUUAGUGAAUAACUAUAUAUCAAUAUCUAUGAUCAAUCCCAAAUACUUAAUUUUUUUUAAUAACCUUUUAACUGAUACGAUUAACCUAUUCCAAAUGUCCUUUUUUAGGAAUUCAGAAUGUUUAUUCUUGCCUGGAUGAUAUGGAAUGUGAUAUUGAUAGUAUUUUGGAUUGUUUUUCUGGCCCGGAAAUACAACGAGGUAGGGAUGACCUAAAAUAGCCACGCAACACACACGAGCAAUAUUGCAAUGAGUAAUGACCUACACUUAACUAAAUACCACCCAAUGAAAUAUUGAUAUUAUGAAAUGUGUGCUCCUGUUAACACUAAACCAGUGAAAAAUUAUUCUCACUAUGCAUGGUUGCACAAAAAGAACAUUUGUGACUCCUCCCAGACAAUUUUAGUAUAAGAUUUCGCGUGGUUGCAUGGAGUGUCAUGCAAUGACACCAGUGAGAAUCAGUAAGCCAAGGGCAUAUUUCUAACUCAAAUAAAAUUUCUAGUCGUUUUUCGUGACCGGGUACCCCAUUCCAUACAUUUCUUUGAUUUCAAUAUUUCUAUUACAAACAAUAAGGUCUUCAGUUAUUUUUGUCAUAUCAAACGAUUUUUAUAUAUACUCGACCAAUAUCAAGCUGUAAAUAGUCCAUUAUAUAAACUCAAAUGGUUUAUUCAUUGUAACUGUAGUCUUAAGUACCAUUAACAUUGUAAGUACCUGGUUACUUUACGUUAAUGUCUAAUAAUGAUUAUAAAUUAGAGAGUAAAUCCGCACGAAAGGUAUAAUCAUUUCAAUUACAAUUAACAAUAUUUUUUCCAGUAUUUAAAGUAUACAUGGUGUUAUUCAGUUGAAAACGCAUUAAGUUUUAAUGGUUGAAUUGAUUGAGGAUCUUCAUAUACGCCCACUGUGCAUGCAGCGUGCAUGUAUUUUGAAGUGUCUGUUCACGUGCUCAUGUAGAUAUUCGUGAAGAGUUAUUUUAAUAAAUUGAUUAAGGAUCUUCAUAUACGCCCACUGUGCAUGCACUGUGCAUGCAUUCUGAAGUGUCUGUUCACGUGUUCAAGUAUAGAUAUUCGUGAAGAGUUAUUUUAAUAAAUUGAUUAAGGAUCUUCAUACGCCCACUGUGCAUGCACUGUGCAUGCAUUCUGAAGUGUCUGUUCACGUGUUCAAGUAUAGAUAUUCGUGAAGAGUUAUUUUAAUAAAUUGAUUAAGGAUCUUCAUACGCCCACUGUGCAUGCAUUCUGAAGUGUCUGUUCACGUGUUCAAGUAUAGAUAUUCGUGAAGAGUUAUUUUACCUAAGUGUCAAAACACUCAGACACACUCAUGGUUGAUAGGAAAGCGCUCAAGUUGAAUGAGAAACAAAGCAUGCAGCAGCUUUAAUGAUUGUGGCCGACAUAAAAUCUCUGCAAAGCUUAACGAGAUUUUGUUUCUUGGCAAAACACUUAGAGUUAGCAUAACAAUAGUGCCAUCUAUGACUGUAUCAUGAUACAGUGAUCGCGAUGUUCCAUUGUUUUUUCAUUGUUUUGAAAAUCCCACUGUUCUCGAUGCCAUCCAGCCACUCAUUAAUUGUUUUGACAUAUUUGUGAAGUUAGGCAUAGCAAUAUUGAUAUGGUACAUCAUAGAAGACUUCAUUUAAGAUGUUAAGAGGAUGACACUGCACAAAAGCCAUAGUAGCAAAAUAGCUGAUAAACACAGAACCAUGCACAUAUAUAUUUGUACAUGCAAUCAAGGUAUGAUGGUUGCAUGAAUAAAUUAUUGCAAAUUAGUAAUGUUUUAAUCAUUUACUCCAUUUAGCUUGAGAAAUGGGAGAGGACUUUCAGAUUUGUUGCAAUCUUCUUAAUGGUAAGUUUCAUGCAAUAUUUCAUUUCAGUCAUUUUCAAUACGAGAAGAUUAUAUAACAUCGGAUGAUAAAUCAAGAACCCCCAAAUUUUCCACUCGACCAAAGAAAGGGCUUUUAGUUCAGGUAGAUUUUAUCCCAUCACGAAUCAGUCAAAGACCCUUUGAAUAAGAUGCAUCUAGAAUAAGCGGAUAUAUCCCUAGACCCCCACUUUCAAUGGAACAUUAUACGGCGCUAAUGACUACCUUAUGUGUACAUAAUGGUAAAUUACGUCUAAGUGUAACAGCCACUUGAGAUGGAACUGUUUUGCCGCCAAAAUCGUAAAUCAGCAUACCAAACAUAUCAAACCAAGUAAUUACGUUAAGCACCCCCAUUUUGUUUUCGAAACUUUGUUAUACAUGAAAAACAGUUAGGUCCAGAGGAAAAUUGAAGAGGAAAAUCUAGUCCCAACAAAAAUACAAAUGUUUCGGCAAGUGUCUUGAGGGAAGAAUUUUUUACACUUUUGCUAUGAUCACAAAAUUAAUAAGUUCCCCGGUAUUCAAACGAAAGUUGAAAUACAGCAAAAUGGAUUAAAGAUUCUUAGUAACCAACGGUUACUAAAAUAUUUGUAGGUUAUCGAAUCACCGUUAUAAAGACCCUUAAUUAAAUUACUGAGUCGGUGUACUCACAUCUCUCUAGAUAAAUGUAUAUGUAAUUAUCUGCACGCAUGUAUAAUAAAAACUUAAGUCUAAAAACAAGGAACAAUUUGUGGUUAUACCAUGCAUGUAUUUAAUUUAAUUCUGAGAUAUCUGAUGUUCAUUCUAGCUUUCUCUGAAGACGGCCCGAGUGCACGGGCCAAAAGCUCAGAAUUAAAUUAAAUGCAUGGUGUAACGACAAAUUGUUCCUUAUUUUUACUGUGGACGCCUGCAUGCAAAGCUUUAAAGAAAACAUUUGUUAACUUAAGUCUAAUUAAUAUUCAAUAUUUCCUCACAGGCAUUUGCAGAGAUUCCAGUUUUCAGCUAUUUCCGAUAUCUACGAGUAAAACACAGCGAUCCUGAAUCCAAUUUCUCCUGGGUAGAGACUCGAUCAGAUAAGGUGAGGAUGAAGGAAAAUAAAUAUAAUUAUGUAUCACUGACAAAUUAACAGAGAGAGACUGGACCGUGCAGAAAGACGAGUCUUAAAACGUCCUGCAACGAUUGUCUUAAAGCAAAUUAUUCCUACCAAAGAAAAGAAUAAUAACCUAUAUACUGUAUAAUGGAAUGAUUUAGAAAGCUUUCUUGCGCAAGUUGCCAGUCAAACCUAAUUAAGCAGUAUUACAUAAACAACCCAUGCAAGGCCAAUUACAAGUGCUACAAAGUUUGCUUGGGUAUAACUAGCACUAAACCAGGGGCGUACCGAGUGUGUGUGUGUGUGUGUGGGGGGGGGGGGCGACCCCCUCACUUUUUAGAAAACUCGUGGUAAGACAGAGAUUAUGUAGGGAAAACCAUGACUUGUCGGUAAAUUGUUUGGAAAUGAUCAGUAAAACUGAGUCGGUUGGUAAAGCAAAGAGGAUGUAGAGGAACAACUCAGGUUUUCGACUCAGGAGUUUGGAUUAAGAAAGCCAUUGAUGUUCAUGAUCAAAAUGUAGAAUUUAUAUUUGCGUGACAUCCAACCGUGGGGUAUUGCAGGCUUUGUUUUUUUUUUAACAUUUUAUCUUUAAUUCUUAAGGUGUACAAGAAUCUUAGCGAGCGACCAUCAUUUUCUUCAAUCGACGCAAUGUUUGGAAAAACGCCCGGUGUGAAGAAUCCAGGAUUCCAAUCGGACUCAACUAGGAACUCCACAAUCUCCUUAGCAUCUGAAGAAAUAGAGGAAAGUAUGAAAACAGAAGGAGGCAAAGUGGAUAAGGUGGACGGAAAAGAGAUCAUGGAAAUAGAAAAUGAAAAAGUGGAAGAAAAGGAAGGAGGAAGGGAGGGAGAACAGAAAGAAUCCGAUGUACAAUCUCAAUCAAGUUUUGAAAUUUCUGUGACGGUUCACACAACAAAGCCAGAUGAAAAUAUGGCCACAGAGGUAGAGGCAAAUGAAUCUAGUUCCGAAAUAGAGAAUUCUGAAAAGGUUGAAAAUGAUGCAUCUACGCCAGAAUUACCUCCACCAAUAACCAAAGUUGCUGUGGACAUCGCCAAAGAUGAGAAAGAAAACGAGAUGGGGUCAGCAGCAAUAGACUCUAGUGUAGUGGUAGAGAUGGAAGGAGUUGGGAAGUCUUCGCAUUUGGAGUCUGGUGUAGCGGUAGAAAUUGAUGUGACAGAUACAGUGUCUGUUAAAGAUGUCAAUCAAACAUCUUUCUAAGUAUGGAGUUGCAUGGUUGGUAAAUGUAUGCGUAGUUCGAGCAGAGCUGCUGGUCAGACUGCCAGCUAGCAGUACAUGGUUAGGUUCAGUAACCAUUGAACGAUAGUAGAUGGUGGUCAAUUUUAAAGACCUCAUACUUAUAGGAGCAAAAAUGUAAUUUAAAAAUAUCUAUAAUCAAUGAUAAUAUUUCUGUCCUAUGAAUUUCACUGGAUCAUUCCAGAAAACAUCCAUACCUCACUCACAGAGGAAAUUACAGUAAUUAACCCUGCUACCCCCUUCAGACAUCCCUAUAUACACUAUUAUCAGAAACAAAUCCCCCCCCUUUCUGGACAGCAGAAAUCUCUUCUGAGUGUGGAUCUUUCCUGGAACAACCCAUUGUAUUACUGUCGUUCCAAUUGAAGUGUUGCUCAAAUAUUGAUUCAAUACAUUACCUCGGGCUGACCAAUUCAUUUGAUCAAGUUCCUCGAGAUAUUCAUACACUUCCUGUGAAAGAGCCAAUUCCAAGUAUUUAAUCAUUUCUGGUCAUACUUCCUUUCUAUUUAUGAUUGGUUAGUUGCACAAAUAUAACAAAGGUGAUUGGUGCAUUCAAACUAUUCAACAGGAAGUUUACAAUUAUACUAGGAAGUGUAUGAAUAUCUCGAGGAACUUGAUGAAAUGAAUUGGUCAGCCCAAGGUAAUCUAUUGAAUCAAUAUUUGAGCAACACUUCAAUUGGAAUGACAGUAAUGAAAGGGAAUGAACAAUUAUUAUAUUUUUUCACUCUUUCAACUGUUGGUUGACCACCAUCAGUUACAUGGCAAUAUAAUAGUCUGUAUAGCUUGUGCAUAAUUUAAAUAUCUAUAGUAGUGUUCAUUUAUAAUAUGACAAUUUGCCUACUUUUAUAUAAUAUAAUAUUAUAUAAUAAUUUAAUUUUAAAUUCUCUUUUAACAGUUUGACAAAUAAAUUUUAUAGUCUUCAUUAGGAAGAAUUUAUGUUAGUAUGCUAAAUAGAAUGCGGCAGGUCCACAGUUAGUUGCUAUUAAGCUGUCUAUUAUAUGUACAUAUAAAUUUGUAUAAUUAUUUAAUUAAAUUCAAAUAUAAAGUA